CCCUCUAGACAGUCUUUCGAUCGGCUUUUCGGUGACCGGUAGUUGAAAUUCGAGUGUCGAAAUUUUAGAAAAAAAAAAACAGAGUAACAUUGUCAAUAUGACUAGUCUGCAAAAAUCGGGUGGCGUUCAGCCAGUGCAAGGCGGUCCCCCGCAAGUCCCACCGAAUGGGAUGGUGGUCUACGGAAGCGGCCUCGUCUUCGGCGGAAAUGUGUACCCGGUGCUGGUCGACGGUGUGCCCAUGCAGGCGCCCGUGGGCGCUCAUCAGGCUGCAGUGCAUCAGCGGAUGCAAAUGCAAAUGCAGCAGGUACCGCCGCAGGCUCCACAGAUACGGGGCCACAAACCCAUUGCUCCACGGCCCGCCUGUCAGCAAAGUGUCGCCCGUGCAGGGUGGCGAUGUCCUGCGCCCUCGUACAUGACCAAACCGAACCAGCAGAACUUUGGGCAUGUCACAACUCAGCAGCAGCAGUACAACAGCAUCGCCAAUAUGCAGCAGCUGCAGGGGCAGAUUCUUCAGCGGCAACUAAUCCAGGCUUCCAUGGGCAGUCCUUAUGGCCAUUACGGCAACUACAAUUUGCAACCGAAUGCGGGUGGCGAUUCCGGAGGCUGGAACGGCUAUGCCAUGAUGCAGCCAGCGGAUGCCAAUAAACCGUAUUCCUUCGGCUGGAGCCACACCGAUUGAGGGCGAUUUGCAUAUGAGGCUGUGUUGAGAAAGUUGAUGAAAUUAAAUGUAAAUUUGUAAGCGCU